AUGAGCGUAGCUCUCGUGACAAUGGACUCGGCGUACGGUCUUCGAUUGGGGCUUGGCAGCCACCAUCACCAUCAUCAUCUUCAUCGAGUACGUUCUCCGGAGAGUCACGUGGUCCCUCAUCAGGAUCAACAACAGGCUGACAAGGACGAUAUAGAGACUCCUCUACGAUUCAGCGUAGUAAAUAUUCUCCGACCAGAUUUCGGCCGAGAGGCGAUUCUUAACACAAAAGCACCGAAACAGCCCAGUUUGGUAGCUGGACAUUCGACGACGAUCCCAGUUCCGAUUCCACGUCACAGCCCUCUUUCUCUACCACGUGAUCUGAGCCUAUCGUCGAACAGAUUAUCCCCCACGAGGCCUCAACCGACCAGUUUCACGGUGCACAGAGAAAGAGAUCUGUUUUCGUCCCACUGCGGAUUGACAUCACCCCUACAGAGGAGCACCGGUCUCAGCAGAAGCGGAAGUCUCGAGAGCCUUGCGAGUAGUAGGAGCUCCGUGACCGGAAGCUCCGUAACUGGAGCACCUUCUCUAGGCUCCACGUCCUCCACCAUUGGCAGUGACUCCUUGAGCGGAGACAGUAGCUCCGGAAGUGCGUCGAAUACCACCACGAAUCAGACUACGCUCAACGGACAGAGUCCUUGGCCUGCGUGGGUUUACUGCACCAGAUACUCCGACAGACCUUCUUCCGGUCCACGAACGAGACGAGUGAAGCGAACGGUGCAAAGUGGCGGCGGGACCAAGCCCGCCUCGCCGGAAGAGAAGAGACCGAGGACCGCGUUCAGCGCGGAGCAAUUGGCCAGACUGAAGCGGGAAUUCGCGGAAAAUCGAUACCUAACCGAGAGACGAAGACAGCAACUGUCGAGAGACCUGGGCUUGAACGAGGCGCAGAUCAAGAUCUGGUUUCAGAACAAAAGGGCGAAAAUCAAGAAGGCCAGCGGUCAGAAAAAUCCUCUGGCUCUUCAGUUGAUGGCCCAAGGUCUGUACAAUCAUUCGACGGUGCCUGUCGACGAGGACGGCGAGGAAAUCGUGACUGGAGGCAAUCAUUCGCAGUAA